AUGCUGCCAAGGAUGGAGUGUGGUGGGCCCCAUGCCCAGGACGUCAGCGAGCAGGGCCACAUGCCCACCCGCCAUCUCGGAGACAGGUGGCCUGGCCUCCCGCCCUGGCUCAGGAGGCGGCACGCGGAGCGCCAAGGAAAGCCCAACCCCAGUGCCCUCGGGUGGCAGGUUACUUGGCCAGUCCUGGCCACCAGCUGGGCUGGGUUUGGGGCUGACUCUGGGGAGGUAGGGGGCAUUUGGGCUCCAGGCAGGAGGUUCAGGGCCCUGAGCACCAGAGCACAGGGCCAGGGGAAUGCCACUUCUCCCCCCCCCACCGCCCACCCUGAGUGGGAGCCAGAGUCUUGGAGCCGAUUGCUGGGGUACGGGGGUGGUGAGGGGUGGAGCUGUGGAGCGAGGGGGACAGCAGGCUGCGGGGGUGCCCUUCCUGGUGGUAUCACCGUGGAGAUGCCAGCCUGA